AUGAAUAACCACUCAGUGUAUAACAAAUUUAACUCCACGCUGUCCGUGUUCAACAACAACAGCAACCUGAACAACAGCGUAUACAUUUCGGGGGACAAGAAAUCAAAGUCGAGGACGUCCCUGAAUGCGCUGUCAUUUUACAAGUCCAGCGCGUCCGUGUAUGUAAAGAAGGUAGACAAAACUGAUAAGAAGGAAAAUGUGAAAACGCUGAUACGAUACUUGGGGUGGAAAAAUUACAGCGGGAGUAUAUCCCCCAAUUUGUUUAAAAAUCCAAGCAUGACCGAUUUGAUAAAUAUAUGGAAUUUUAUCUUUAAGCAUGUCGACCCGCAAAUUGAAGUGAAUAAGGACAACUAUGGAGAAGUGGUUUUAAGCUUUUACAAAGAUAUUGGGUAUCCAUAUACCAUUUCGAAAUCCACCUUAGUCGCACCGACUACUGGUUUGCAGUAUAAUACGCACUUGUCUGCCCUGGCAUGGCUUUGUCAGCUUCUGAUCUUCGAAGCUGAAUGUUUCAAUGACAUAAAUGAGGAGAAAGAUAUGAACUGUUCAUACGAUUUUAACGAAGAUGGAGAAAUAAAAAUGGAGGACUUCAUCCUGCAAAGUUACAAGUCCUACAUUAACAAGGAAGAAAAAAACGCCAACGAUGUGCUGAAUGCGAAAUUGGAUAAGGAGAUUGCCAGGUUACAAAAUGAUGUAAGUGCCAAAAGUGAAGACAUUGUUGAGAAGAAAAAAAAAAUUGAAGAAAUAAAAAAUCACAUGAAGGAAAAUGAGGAACUGAUUAAACGAAAUAAAGUCCUGUGUGAAGAAAAUAAAAAAAUAAAACUCCUCUACACAAACAGCUUGGAGGAAACAAAGAAGCUGGAGAAGGAAAUCGAAAUGUGUAAGAAAGCUAACCAGGAGGAGAAGGUAAAGACGGAAAAAAUUGUCGAGCAAAUUAACAAAGUCAAGGAAGUUUUACAAAAACAAACACUCAACAAGGCACAAUUCCUACAGAUGAAUGAGGACAUUGAAAAAAACAAGGAAAAAAUUGAACAAAUAAAAAACGAAAUAAAAAGCUUGAACAAUGAACACCCCACUUUGAGCGAAAAAUUAAAUAACAGAAACAGUGACUUAAAAAAGCUAGCCAAAAGUGUAAAUGACAAACUGUCCGAAAUUUUGCAAAGUUUAAAUUUGUAUAGAAACAUUUCCUCAUCCGAAUGGAACAAAAUAAACCACGUGAGCAUUAACAUCGACUCGUUUACCCUGGACAGUAUGUUGAACCUAAAUUGGAAGGACACCAAGAGCGACGUCAAGUCCUUCAUUGAGGCGGACCAGGAGGAGAUGAAGAAUUCUUUGCGCCUCAUUGAAGAUUACGAGAAAAGAAUUAAACUGCUCGAGGAGGAGAUCAACCACUUGAAGCAGGACAUCCAAAAUAGUGAGACCCGCGUGAAGAAGCUGAACGAUGACACGGAUAAGUUCGUCACGGCUUCGUCGGACAAGUUCAGCCGGAUCGUAGCGCAGAACGAGAAAAUGCUGAACGAAGCCAAGGAGAAGAGUGACAAGGCGAACGAAAUGCUCAAAGAAGUCAUUGCGGAGAAGGAGGAGAAGGAAAACGAGUUUAGCAAAAUCAAGACGGAUAACGAAAAGGUGUUCAGGGAGAAACUAGCAACCCUGCAGCAGGCAUGCGCCCUCCUGGUGGAGCUAAAAAUGUACAGCAAGAAUUACGCAUCCAUGUAA